AUGGCCUUGAAGUACGAAUUAGAACAAUGGGGUUCUGCCGUUAAAUAUUACGAUGAACAGAAUUUUGAAAAAUCAUUGGAGACUUUUGAAACCAUAGCAGAUUCAGCAAAAUUUCACUUUAAUAUUGGUUUAAUUUUUGCUACUCUUGGUGAACAUGAGGAAGCUUGUACUUCAUAUAAAAAGUCGGUAAAAUUGGAUGAGUAUUUUGCUGUUGCUUACUUCCAGAAAGGCGUGUCACACUUUCUACUGAGUGAAUUUCAAAAGGCUUUGAAUACUUUUAAUGAUGCGUUAAUGUACCUUCGUGGUAAUAUGCUUAUCGAUUAUGAGCAAUUAGGCCUAAAGUUUCGUUUAUAUUCAUGUGAGGUCUUAUUUAAUAGAGGAUUAUGCUACUUAUAUCUUGGUGAAACUGAUAAAGGAUUAGAUGAUUUCAGAGCUGCAUCAAAAGAAAAACAAACAGAAGAACAUGAUGUUAUAGAUGAAGCAAUCGAUGUUCAGGGUCAAGAUUUCACUGUAUUUUCUAUUCCUGUGGGAGUAAUUUAUCGACCACCUGAAGGCAAACUUAAAAAUGUUAAAACAAAAGAUUAUUUAGGCAAGGCAAAAUUGGUGGCCGCUAUUGAUCCUGAAGAUGCAUUUACUGGUUUUACAGCACAAUUAAAUACAACAUCACCAAUUAGUAAAUCCAAAACUGGUGGCAAAGUAGAUGAAAUGAAUGGUUCAUCUUUACGUCCUGAUUCUGUCUCAGAAAAAUUUAAUAGACCCAGAUCUUUAUCAUCCAAUCCUAGAGCUCCUCCAUUUCCUAUUACUCGUAAUCAAAGUUUCUCAAAAAGACUUCCCACCACUCCUGGUUCUCCAGAUUUAACUUACUCUAAUGAAGAAAACUUAUCUUUGAAUGGUCAACAACUAUCUUCACCUUACUCCGAUUCCAUUCCAAGAAGUAAAUCGCCAUCUCCUUAUCAAAAUGACACAGGGAAAAAUGAUAACAACAACGAUUCGCAGCCACCACCAAGAAGUAUUUCAGUACGCAGACCUCCUCAAUUAAGAUUACAACCACAACCGCCUCAACGUUCAAAUACCAUAGAUAAUGGCCGUCCAUCACCUAAAUUUGCCCCUCCUUCACGAUUAAAUUCUGUACGUGAUCCAAACCGUCAUCCACCACCUAUUAGAGAAGGUCCAACAAGAUCUAAUUCAUACAGAGGUGAUCCACCACCACAAUCCAGAUCUAAUUCUAUUAGAGGUGUACCUAGAAUGAAUUCUACGAGAGGAAGAGGGACGGGCAGGCCCGGUCCACAGAGACAAAAUACACAAGUACGAGCAGAAUUCCUACGACAACAAAUGUCAAAGAUGAAUGUUUCUGAUGAUAGCAGUGGAAGUUAUCCUGACUAUUAUCAAGAUUCUGAUCAGUAUAAUUCGGAUCAAAAAUAUGAUUAUGACCAAUAUUAUAAUGACGGUGAUGGAUUUAAUUCUCCCAAGAUAAAUAGUAAUAAUGGCAAUAGAAGUCCGGUUACUUCGCCUGCCCGUUCCCCCAGUUUACGUGGUCGUGGUAAUAAUUCAAUUUCUAUGCCUGGUUUCAAACCCUCACCUUUAUCCGCACCGACUGGAAUGUUAGUAGUUAUGGUAGCAGCCGAUAUAAGUUAUUCCGAGUUAUUGAAACGAAUACAAGAAAAAUUUGCCUCUGAUUCUUCAUUCAAUUUACAUUAUAAAGAUGAAGAUGGUGAAAAGGUUAGGAUGACAGACCAAGAAGAUUUAGAUAUGGCCGUAUCUCUGAUUCCUAAAUCAACAAGUGAGAUUGGAAGGAUGGAGGUUCGUUAA